CGGCUUCUUAUUUUUCCUUCGACGUUCUUCUUUUCGCUAUAGAGUGCUCUAGCGUCGAAUGUAUAGCUAGCUUACGUGUUAUCAGCUUGAUACGUUUAAAUUUAAUUUCCAAUUUCAAAAAGAGCUCUAGAAAUAAGGAUUUUUUUUUCUUCUUUGAUCGUUCAUUGACCUGCUGCUUGAAAUGAAAUGCAUCUUGGAAUACCUUUGUUCUUGUCUAACAUGGUUGUGUGGAUAGUGACAAUGGCAUCUAUCAAUGGGGUGGCUACGAAUACGUUCAAUUAUUUUGCGUUUGGGAGUAAUCUUUGGUCGAAAAGAAUACACAUGGAAAACCCUACUGCUAUUCGAAAAGGAAUAGGAUAUUUAGAAAAUUACAGAUUGGACUUUUUCCAUUAUGCGGCUCGAUGGAAAGGAGCUCCUGCCACUAUUGUAGAAUCCCCGGGUUACCGAGUAUGGGGUGCACUCUGGGAGAUCAAUUCCACUAAUCUACCAGAUUUGGACAGACAGGAAGGUGUGCACAAUCAAGUGUACAAGGCAUUAACGCUACCUGUAGUGAAACCAUCAGGGGAUAUACUGGAAUGUCGUGUGUAUCAACUUGUUAAGAAUCCAGGUAUUCAAGAUUUCGAGGAAGAACAGCGACCAUUCGAGAGGCAACCCUCGAAAACAUACAUGAAAAUUAUAAUUUCCGGAGCUAAAGAAUCCGGGUUGCCGGAAGAAUAUGUAGAUCUAUUGAAAAUGAUCAAACACAACGGCCAUUCUGGAGACCCUCGUUUUGAGCUGGAUUUGACUGUUGAAGACUGACAUGGGCUUUGAACAAUUAAAAUAACGACAUUUUCCAAAUGUUUUAUUUAAUCUUUUCGAAACGAAUUUCAUUUGUAACUAAGCUAAUGAGAACAUUAUUUAAUAAACUUUACAAUACCGUUGCUAAACGGCGCUUUCCUAA